CGUGUGUGUGUGUGCAGACCGGGUCAACAGUGUUUGAGGAAAGCAUGGUCUGGCCUGAUGUGCAGCUGUUGGCCUGUUAUGGUGGAUUGGCGGCGUGUCGGCAUGUCAUAAGUCGUGCAUGACGUGGCAGAGCUGAGUCUCGCCGUGGGUGUGAUGGAGAGGAAGUGAUGCAUUAGUUUGAGUAGAAUGAAAGAUGUCACGUUGGACGGAGCACUAUCAGCACUAUCUCUGUCUUAAGAUGGGUAAUGUCAUUUUUGACAACUCUUUGGCACGUAACACCCAGGCGGAAAUCUUAAAAAAUGAGGUCAGGCCAAAGUUCGUUUAGGUUUACGUCACUAGAAUCAUAAUGUAAGUUUGAUAUUUUAAGGAAUGUCUGAGUAAAUAUACAUUUGGAGUCGUUUAUACAUGGCUUUAAUUUGACACACUAAUAAGCCUUACAUAUAUACACCCAAACUAUUGGUCUUAGUGCAAAGAAACAACAUCUAAAACCAGAACUAGUAGUAUUGAUGUGAGUGUUACUAUAUGAAGAAGUAGUAGUCCUAAUAGUAGAAUUAUUAUUCUUCUGUACUUUAAGCCGAAUUUAAAGUUUAAAAGGUGGAACAUUAUUACAAAAUGGCAGUAAAUAGACUGAAAUGCAAGUGUGUGUGUGUGUGUGUGUGUGUGUGUGUGUGUGUGUGUGUGUGUGUGGUGUGUGUGUGUGUGUGUGUGUGUGUGUGUGUGUGGUGUGUGUGUGUGUGUGUGUGUGUGUGUGUGUGUGUGUGUGUGUGUGUGUGUGUGUGUGUGUGUGUGUGUGUGUGUUGCUCCUCUCAGGACGGGGAAUCCUCUUCGUCUGAGUCUUUGUCUGGCCUGCUGCUUGCAGACUGACAUGUGCCAUAUCAUAUGAAGCUUUGGGGGGGGUCAGCGGGGGGGUCCUAUCAUAGUCACAGUCUGGUUAUGAACCCAUCAGGAAAAUCAAGGGUGGUCUAGAACUAAACUUGAGCCAGUUCCUUUUUAAGGUUUUCUGAAAGUAACUUUUGUAUCUCGUAUGUUAUAUUGUUUCAUGAUGCAAAAUCACAGCUACAAAUGUUGGAGUACAAUUCAAUACCUUCAUGCAUUCGAUGUAUUUAUACACACAUACAGUACUUGGUAGGUUUCGAGUACAUUUUAAAUAUACAGGCAGAAAGUCUCUGUCGAAACAAUUCAAUCAACCGUUUUCAAUACAAAUGAAAGCCAACUGCACUGACAUCAUUGUCGUCCAUACUUAGAUGUAUAAUUUUAGCAAUAAAAACCUUAUUUUGUAAUGUUUUUUAAAUCCAACAAUCGAUCCUGUAAGAUUUUCCUGUUGGGUUCUUGCGGAGCGUUUUGACCGGACUCUUUGGGUUAUGGAAUGACAGCUUAUCUUUUCCACAUGGCUGCCAUAUUGGAUUUAAGUCAUACGGAUGCACAUUUUGUUGGGAGACAUAGUGGUUGUCUUUGUAAGGUAUGAAGCCCAUAUGAAACAUGGAGAAAAUGCUAAAUUAGCUUGGAAUUAGAUGUUGUGGAUGUGUUGGGUAACAUUCAGCAAAACAAGAGAGUAAAGUAUUGUAUCAGCUUCACAAGCUUUUAUAGUGUCACUCAAGUUGUUAAUACAUGUACCUUCUGUCCACACUGAAAAUGUAAGUGUACUGUAAUGUUUUCGUCCAAUUAGAAGUUCACCACUGCCCAUCAAACACCUGAUGUGCUUGACAAUGAUUCAAAUGAAACAUGGCUGCCAUCUGGAAAGUUCCAGUAGGUGCAUGUGAGGCAUGGUUUCUACAGCCCUCCUUCAUGCUUGCUCUCUGUCUCUCUGCCCCUUUGUCCCCUUGCUGUCAGUUCCCUGUGUAUCCCUGUUUCAUUCCUACAUGUUAUGGUGAAGACGCAUGGUAUUAGAUGUGCUUGUCAAAGGGUUGUUAGCUUGCGAUUCCAGGUGCUAUGGGUAAAGCUAAUGGGAUGCAGAAAUGCUCAGAUAUCUUAUUUAGGAUCGGUCAAAUAGUACAGACAUUCAACGACAUGCAGUAGUCAUACACUCAUUAACCAAGAGAAACUAGGGUUGUCCUUCUCAGAGUUGAGGACUACCAAUCAUGAUGCAUUAAAUCUUACUUCCUGUUUUCUUAUUCUCUCUUUCUUUCCUUCUCUCUCCUCCACUACUUGUAUCUCUUUUCUGUCUAUCGCUCUCUCUUCCUUUCUUUUACUCGCGCCUUCCUCCUCGCAGACCAUCACCGACACCAGUCCGAUGCGCCGCUCCACCUCCAGUCUGGUCCACGGGCGUGCGGGUCGGGGGGUGAGGCUGGACGACUACUCCCUGGAGAGGGUGGUUUCUGAGGAGGGGAAACACGGAGGAGGUCGCCGGCACAGAGAGAGGAAUCACCAGGCCUCGCAGCGCUCGCUGACCAGAUACACCGACGCUGACACGGGUCUGGGCACAGACCUCAGCACCACCACGCAGUCGGGCGACCUUCCUCCAAAGGAGCGCGAGAGGGACCGCGGCCGGACCAAGGACCGUCGCCACCACCAUCACCACCAUCACCAUCACAGCUCCAUGGACAAGGAGCGCUAUGGCCCUGAAAGACACGACUACCCCCCCAGGCACCCCCAGGACCGCCACUGGUCCCGCUCCCCCAGCGAGGGGCCGGAAGGACGAGGACACAGACAGGUGGGCUCCAAAGACACCGAGGGCAGUAGUUCGGUGAGCGGCAGCCCGGUCCCCUCGACCUCGGGGACCAGCACUCCGCGGAGAGGCCGUCGCCAGCUGCCCCAGACCCCAGCUGUCCCCCGUCCACAUGUAACCUACUCCCCCGCCGUCCGCAAGGCCAGCUACGGCCCCCCAGGUCCGGGCCGACUGCGCUCGCCCUCCCCCCGACACUUCUCCCCUCCAGACCACGAGAGAGGCUAUCACCAUCGUCCCCCGUCACGCCAAGCGUCUCCCCAGCACGGGGGGUCCUCAUCCCUGCACGGUUCCCCGCGUUCCCCCAGGCACCAGUCCCCGCGCUCGCCUCUCCACGGCUCCCCCAGGUCCCCUCACCGAGGCCGUUGGAGCGGGGGUCCGCCCGGGGACAGCCUGGAGGGCGACGGGCCCUUCUAUGAGCGCGACUACGAGUACGAGCGGCACCACGAGCCCCCUGCCUACGAGCAAAGUCUCUCUCAUGGCAACCCCCACCCACAUGGGGGAAAUCCUCACCCUCACCCACGCUCACCUAGGACUGCCCACCAUGGGCCCCCUCAGCCCCCUCACCCGCAUCCACGUAGGGUGCCCAAUGGUUACCGCUCAUCCUCACCCUCCCCACAUAGGCGGGGGCCACCCGGGGUGCCACCACAUCCACACCAACGGCCCCCCCCAUGCUCGAGGGCCCCGCAAGGGCCUGCAUGAACCUUAUAGUGAGACGGACGAGGAUGACUGGUGCUAGCAACCACAGGGAGCGAGGGGUGAGGGCAGGAGAGGAGAAGAAUAGCAGCCUCCGGUGCUCUGGCCUUGGAUAUGUAGACUUUUAAAAAAGCAGAGGGGGAGAAAAUAUGAAUGGGGGUUGGACACCCUCUACCUUCACCCUUCGGACUCUAAAUGAGAAAAAAUAAGGGCGGGGCGAGGGGGAUGGAGGUUGCUGCAAAAAGCCUUUUUACAGAUUUUCUGUAAGACUCAUUUCAGUGACAGAGCAGCACAUGGAUGAAAUGAAAAAGAGACAGCCAAGACAGCUAGGGCGAGGCCCGGGCACAGUUUACCUCUCUCCUUCUCAGAACUACACUUCCCAGAUUUCUAUGCUUGACCAGCAAGGCCAGGCUGCAGAGGGAAAAGAAAGUUGUGGGAACAAAAAAGCGAAGGAGGAGCAUAUCACGGUUUAUGAGCCCUAACAGGGCUUCUCCCAGACUGUCGCCUGAUUGGUUAGUUUUGUCAGAUGUGUGCUAUCUGUCGCUGGCCAGUCUGCUAAAUGUAAAAGCCUGAAAAUUAGUCCACUGCUUUCAGUUUGCUCCUCGAACAGAUAUGUUUAAAGAAAAAUAAAUUAACAAAAAGCCAGGACCCCCUAACCCUUACAUGCCAAGCUAUGCCUCCAGAAAAUCAAACUUGAACAAUGAAGAACAAAAUCAAACUUUACAUGACAAACAAUGAAAAGAAAAAAAGGGAGAACAACCACUUUAUCUUUGACCUUUUUCCUUUCCAAGGGACAGAACCAGGAAGCUCCGCCUAUACUGCAAAAACCAGCCAAUCACAGCGCUGGCUGAUAUUUGAUGAGUUUUAUCAUCUCUGUUUACUGUUAAAGACUCACUUAAUGCUGACGGAGCUGGUGUGACAUCACUUCCUGUUCGCCAGUGGUGAUAGUGGAGGGGGGUGGGGCACGUGUGGGCUCACUUCCUUUUCGAGUGCGCAAUGGGGGGGGGUGGGCUCAGAUAACUUGAGAAGGUAGUCGGACACUUCGUCAAGCCCCUUCCUCCUCAGUUACUCGACCUGGUGCAAAGGUGAGGGAUGACCUGACAGGAAAUUACAUCACACGUUGAAAAGGGCGGAGGAGAGGAGAGGAGAGGAGAGGAGAGGAGAGGAGAGGAGAGGAGAGGAGAGGAGAGGAGAGGAGAGGAGAGGAGAGGAGAGGAGAGGAGAGGAGAGGAGAGGAGAGGAGAGGAGAGGAGGGAAAAAGACGUAUUUCUUCAGUAUUUCUUCUAUCGAUUACUUCUCCUUCUUGUUCUUCUUCGGACAUUGGAGCUUGGUUCUUCUGUUGCAUUCGCUCAACCUCCUUUGAUCUUUUUCGGAGUCCAACAUUUGAUGGAAACCUGCAUGAUUGAUUAAGUACAUACUAGAGAGGAAAUCUAACUGGUGUGGGUGGGACCUGGGGGCUUUAUAGGAAACUUUGCAUUUAAGUUUACAAAAGAAGUCCUCGUCUUUCAGACACUCUUUCUCUUUCUCUAUUUUACAUCUCAAAUGGGAUUUACGUUUUGACAGUCGGCUAUUUUGAGUUUCCUGCCGAUACUGUUCCAGAUCUAUGAGUCCACCACCUGUAAAAAGACUGGGAAACCUGCAGGAUCGCAUUCCUGUUUUCUGCUUGAGAAACAAGAGGGAGAAAGAGUGGAGAGAAGUGGACUCCUACCACACUUGAUUUAUUAUUGUUAACGAUGAUAGUCUUAUGAAUAAUGAUAUCAAUGUCAAUGCAAAAUGACGAUGACAAUGAUGAUGAUGAUGAUGAUUGUUGAUUGAUUGAUUGAUUGAUGGAACUGUUGCUGUAGAUUUGUUGUCAUGUUAUUUGGAGUUUAAGUAUGCUAUGUCCAUCUUGUUUACAUCCGUUAUGUUUUUUAUUCCCCCGUUCAAUGACGUUUACCGGGUUCCUAAUGCUUUGGGGCAAGGAUGGCUUGGGAACAUCCACUUUGCAGCGCUGCGUGUUGUAACGCAACUCUUAAGAUACACUCUCUCUACACAAUGGUGAAGGUAGAAGUCAGGGGAGCUUCAGUACCUGACAUGCAAAGAUGUGUGGGGUUCGUACUCUUGUCAAGCCAACCCAAAGAUCAAGAAUUCAUUUUCGAAGGGUGGCGUAGACCGGAUCAAUGAGAAUGUGGAAGAGUUUGUGUUUUACAUUGCAGAGGUUUCAGACCAACCUGAAGUUAAAGUUCUACCAAGGUUGAAUUCUUCCACUAGCAGCCAAAAACUAGAAUCUCAACCUUUUCCCUCUGUCUGGCUCUGUCAUUUUGUAGUGCGAUCAGUUGCCGGCAGUGACAGCACAGUAUUGGUGGUACAAUGUUGGUGUCAGUAUUAGGUGGGUGUUGUUCUCUAUGUUUGCCACCAGGGGGCAGUUAUCAGCGCACAUUAUCCGCCCUGCCUUCCCCCUCUACAGGACAGCCUCCAGGCCACAUUCUGUUUCCUAGACCUGGACUGAAAACCUCUACUUAUACCUGUCUCUUAUAUCUUUGUAAGAUAUAUAGACCAAGUCCAGUCGUAGUCAGGAAACAUGGAUGUAGCCUGAGAGACGCCAUAUCUGUCCGUUUGUCGGCCCGUCCUUCUGUCUGCCUGUCUGUGCCAAUGCUGACGACCCCUCCCUCCCCCAACCCCUUCUCUCAGGUCUGGAUAACCAGAGAAUAGUCACCAAAACCCCCAAUCCAAUCAUAUGAGGUUGUAGCAAAGCUGAAACCUCUUCUGCCAAAACCCACUACAGUAUCCGCCAACCUCUCUUUCCUCAUCUACCUUUUUCUUUUUCUGUCCAUUUGCUUUGACAUCUGUUCUUUCAGAUUGCCAGAAAGCGACACUGAAGACACUAAAGGCAUUACAAGACAGAAACACUUAUAGGACUUCUAUUUUCAUCCUUAUUUUUAUGAAGGAAAAUAAUUAUUGAGUAUUCAAUAACUCUUAAGACAAGAUGAUAAAGUAUAGAUAAAUAUAUAGAUGAUAAAGUACGUAUAAAUCUAGAUAUAAACCAGUAGAUGUAGUUAUAGAUAACAGACAGAGUAUAAUUAGAGUUUCAGAUAUUUAUUUAUUUUGCAUACCGUUCAUGCUCAUGACACGGUUGACGAUCUAGCUACUCUUGAAACCUCGCACUGUUUUCUUCGCAGUCGCAUAAGCCAGAAGACAAACCCCAGUCCACGUGUUUUGACACUAUGCAGACCUCAUAAGCAUCCUCAUGGUAUUAUUUCGGAGGAAAACCUGCAACAAUAUGGUACUGUAGAACGGAUUUAUGAAUCUAAUCGUAAAGAUCGACACCUCGUUUGCACACGUCUCUUGACAUCACACAGUGAAACCCCUUUUGUCACCUUUUCCCUCGUCUUUUUCUCUCCUCUCCCGAAAUGUGUUGCCUCCAGGCCUAGUAGUUGAGCAUAGCGUAGUGAAGAUGGGGAUAGGGGGGGUUUCUUUUCGUUGAUUGUUUAUUUGAUUGGCGGGAGUCGAGGGGGCGCAAAUACAUAACCCCUCUGCCCACACCUUCUAUUAAGUAAGGUUACGACAGGUGGGGACGUUUUCCUCAAAACCCCCUACAGAGCCACAGUGCCUUCUGUAUCAGAGUCACAUUUGUCACUCCCCAUUCUCCUCGCCCUUAGUCCCCCCCUGUACCCUCUGUAGUAGUUGACAUCAACCACACUACGCCUUAAGAGUCAAGUCCCACCGGCUCCCAUGCUAGUUUAGAAACGGGGAUAGCGGUGGUUUUGAGACUGGGUCACAGUGAGGGAUGAGCCAAGAGGCUAGCUUUGAAGUAGCGAAAUCCAUACAUGACCUAAUCAAAAAAAUAUCUAAUUCAAACAAAUAUUUGGAGUUGCCAACAAAUCUAAAGAGAUCCAAACAGUUUGAAUCAGAGCCUCAUGGUUUUGACGUCAUUGUUGAUUUAUCGGAAGCUGCUAACAAGCUAGCCCUCUUGGCUUCAACUCCCUGUUAGGCAGGGCAUUUUGUGUCAAUCCAGGAAAUGUCGUGGGUCCAGUUUCAGGCGGUAUAGUGAGAGGUUUACAGAGGUGCAAAGCGGUUCGCUUACUUCUCAGGUCCCUCUAGAGUUAGCUAGCUAGUUAGACAACAUAGGGAAAAGUCAGCUACAAAACAAGCAGGCCUCGGAUUGAGUUAUUGUAUGGUUUUACCUGGCAUGGCGUCAGACGUUGUAAUGUUGACCCCCCCCCCCCCGCCCUCUUCUCUCCUUUCACUGACUUCAUUACACCCUCUGACCCCUCAUCUGCCGACGCACCAACCCCGACACCGGCGUGUUGAAAGACAGGCAGGAAAAAACAACCUCCAUUUUGGCUCCACGACACCACUCGCUUGUCCAGAAUUGUAACAGCGGAUCCAAAAUGGCCGACACACAACAAUGCCUUUGUGUGAACGCAUGUUGUGUGUGUGCUUUUCCGAAAAGAAACCCCAUUCUUUGGGAGAAAAAGUGAACAUUUGAUUUUUCUUUCGUUGUUUUCUUUGAACGUGGGCUGUGGGGAUUGCAAAGUUUUUGCUAAGUCAUUGCUUCUACCAACAUCAGCUGUCUUCACCUCCGGCUUCUGUCACCCAUCGGGCUAUCUUUUCUUUUGGUUCUUCUUCGUUUUUGGACGAAGGAAAAGCUAACAAUCGCACCAAACCAUCCACUCAGUCGGCUGUGAAAUUGUGUCAGUGGGUCAGUCGUGAGGCAACGCGUCGACAAAAACACGAAUAAGGGCUCUCUUUAAAAAAAAAACUACACAGUGGGUUUUAAUGUACAGUAGUGCUGCCAAAAGUUGUGCUUAUGUAGCUGAAGCCACACCGUGGUCUCCCCUUUGUACAGCACUAGAUGUGUGUGUGUGUGUGUGUGUGCGUGUGUGUGUGUGCGCGUGUGUGUGUGUGUGUGUGUAGGGGGUCAAGAGUGAAGGAAGGAGAGGCGGGAGGGGAAAAAGGCAAAUGAGAGAUUUUAAUGAUGUAUGGUCCUGUUUGCGGUGGAGGGGGGACGUUUUUGGGAGGGGAGGGAGCAGCAGAAGUCGUAGUGAUGUUAACACACAAUUUCACAAUGGCACUGGACCACUUUUCGGACUCAUCCUCAUGCUCAGAAGCCAUUUUGUCACCCACCCAGUCUCUGUCCCACUGUGAGGGGGGCGGGGCCACUGCUGCGACAGGGAGACAUUCACUGUGUGUGCGUUAAUGUGUGUGUAAGACUGUGUUUAAGCAUGUGUGUGGUGCAUGAGUGUGCUGAAACUAAUUAUUUACAUCUUUGAUUAAUCUGGCAAUUUAUUUGACAUGAUCAAACCCAUUGUAUUUUUUGACUGGACUAUAGGUUCAUAUAAUAUUUUGAGCCAAACAUUUGGUUACGAAAAGCCAAAAAUAUGACUUACAUUCAGGGAGUAUAUGGCAUAAUGGAAUGUUCCCUUAAGUAACGUUCAAUACCCUAAAUGAUAAGUAAAGAUAAUAUUUCUUGUAACGUCAAAUAAAAUAAACCUCGAAAGAAAAUGAAAAGGCAGUUGACUAUGAUGAGUUGCAGGCAAUGCAAAUAGUACGCAAAAACAAUGUAUAUGUCAAUAUUUGACUAUGAAAAUGCACACAUUUUAAUAUUUAUUAAUGUGAAAUAUCUAUAUAUAGGAAUAGAUAAAUAGCAAAUAAGAUUACAAGCUCAGAAUCAAAUGACAGUCAAUUAAUCAAUUAGUUAACUAAUCGUUUCAGCACUAAGUGGAAUGUAUGCAUAUAUAAGGAAAUAUGUGAGUGAGUGGAGUUCAGUGUAUUUGUAAGUUUAUUAUUAUGUGUGUAUGUGUGUGUGCGUGUCCUGACAACAUCAGCUACAGUAGGUCACCCUCAGUGCCUUACACUGUACAGGACACGAUGAGACAAUCGCAGUAUGCAUGUGAGGUUUUAGUGUCCUUGUUGCCACCUUAAUCUCCUUCCAUCCUUCCCUCACCCACUCCUCAUUUUCCUAUGGGAUCAUUAUUCAACCCUGAACGGGUGGGAGGUGGAGGCGGGAGUAAAUAAUCAUGUCAUUUCUCUCACCCAUUUCACUGUAUAUUUUGGCUUUUGUGUAUAUAAUCCAUAAACUUUCUGAAAAACUCAUUGUGUUCUUCUGUGUUUCUGUUUUCGUCACAUCUCCCCUUCCUCCUGUAAUGCCAUUCACGAACACAAGGUGGUGGGAUUGAGCUUUCACCAUCAUCACUCAUUAUGAAAGGUGUCUAUGCAGUGGAGGUUGAAUGAGUUCAUGAUUGCCUGUGUGGGUGUGUUAGUCCGUCUGCAGUCUGAUUGCGUCUUUAAGGAGUCCAGCGGGUAUUACAGUUGAAUUUCCUGAUGAUUUCAUUCAUUCACUUGAGUUUGUAAUUGCUCUCACAUAUUUCUUAUUAACUGAGAUUGUGGACACUAUGUGACACUGCAUAAAAAAGGCAUACAGUAUGUUCAAAACUGCAUUAAUCUGUUACUGGGGGCAGGAAAAAGUGUAUGAAGUGUUUUCGAAGAUAUAUUGUAAUGUAAGUUAUUCUUUGUAGUUUCAUUAUAUGUAUGAGGGAAAUGUUGAUAUCCCCACUGGCUUCAUGUUUGUUUUCCUCUGACAUUAGGCAUUUGAAUUCCCUGCUCACUAGCUUAAUUGUCUGUAACUCUGUAACUUCUAGACGCCAAAAGACAUGUUAAAAUUGACAUUGAAAGCCAAGAACAUGACUUUCCGUGUCCUAAACAUGAAAUGCCAUAACCACAAACAACAUUUUAAGGCAGGCAUCGCUAAUGUGUAUGCUAACAGUUAGCUACUGACACAGAGCAACGUAAGCAUUGACUUGGAAUCGUGUGUGUGUUCACCUGAUGAAUUAAAGUCCCUUAUUCACACUCCUUUUAGCUCUAUUUUGGUCUGCGGCAAAGAGAACAUUUUGUUCUUUGAUAUUUACUAGCUAGUUGCUAACUUUGUCUGCAGUUUAGUGCAAAACACGGAGUGAGCAGUGAGUACCGAAACAUCUAAAUGUGCUUAAUUGUAUUUAUUCACCCUUAAAUCCCAUACAGAAAUAUAAUAUAUUGCACUUUCCAAAUGUGGCAGGACUUCCAAAAUGUGUCUAUACUGAUGACAUACUCAUUGAUGUGCAAGUUAUCAAAGCUGUUGUCUCUUAUACCUGCUGGACUCCGUACUUCUCUGUGUUUUACAGUGAAUUGAUUCCUCGCAAAAAAGCAAACCCAAGGUCCCUCUCUCCUCUCCUCUCCUCUCUCCUUCCAUCCAUCUCUCCCCCCUUUCCAUUUCUCUCCAUUAACCCGAUGAAGACGAGUUGCUUCCAGAAGAUCUGUACUCACCUUUUGACGUCAGCGUCUCCCGAACGCUGGAGGCCGAUCUCUCCCAAGACAUCUCGAGAUGCCAUGAACAGGGGAUUAUUUUUAACCCUUUGUAGCACAGAUUUGAUGUUUCAUUUAUCAAAACGUUGUUGUGUUUUUUGGGGUAUAAUCAGAGAAAAUGUGAAGGUCCUUAAACCAGAUUUUACUAUAUUUCAUGGGCUUUUGUUCUUGGUUCUGCUACCUUUUCAUUUGAUAGAAGUUAUUGGAUUUUAAAUGAAAUUUGAUUCCCCAAAACUUUAUCCAAAGAUGACAAUUAGGGCUAGGGUUAGGGUUCCUACUGGUUCCCACUGUUUUCAGGUCAGACAAACCGAGCUGCUCAAAACGUGCUUGUUUGAGACAUAAAAUGCAACAAAUACCCCAAAAUGUGUAUCUAGAGUUUAAAUACCGGCUGCAAAGGGUUUAGUUAUAAUGUAGGUGUUUUUGCAGAGAUGCAUUGGGAACCGAAGCAACCACUCAUCUCAUCGCCAUGCAAACCAUCGACACUCAUCGACCCAGUAGAAACCGAACCAGUGCCACAGUAGAAAACCAUACAGGAUUCACUCAGCAAGUUGGGGAAAAAAGAGAAAAAAUAAACAUACAUGGCAAUUUAAGAUAAGAGAAGUAUUUAAUUACAGAUUUGCAUGUGCAAUGUGCAUGCCACUAUGUGGGGUAACAAGUCAACUUCAGGAAUUAAAAAAAUAAAUAUGAAGAAAAAAGUAUAUAUAUGUAAAAAUAUAUAUAGAUAGAUGUUUUUAAGAGCAAUGUGUUUCUUUUUUUCUUCUAUUUUUAAAAACAAAAAAGGAAAAAAAACCUGACCAAAAAAAAAAAAUCCAUCCUGAUAAAAAAAAAAAUGGAAAUGACUUUGGUGAUGAAAUCAAAGAAUGUUUGUUUGUUAUAUUUGCCAGUUAUUUCACGGGGGAAAAACCGUGGGGGAACAACAAGGAUAGAUAAACACUUAAACUAACAUUACAGAAAAGAAAAAAAAGAUUUUAAAAAAGGGGGAGAAGGAGAACAAAGAUUUUCCUUGAUGAAAAACAAUCCCUUUGAGAGUAAAGAGCUGCCUGAACCUGAAUCUGGUGAUGUUAUUCCCGUUUAUUCUGGAUAUGAAAUCCCUUCUUUCUCUCUCCCUCUUUCUCUGACCAUCUCUUUCUCUCCCUCUGUUUCUUUCUCUAUCUAUCUCUGCUGUUUCUACCAGUGCAUUUUGUAAUUUCAAACAGAACUCUUCCUAAAGAACCUGAAUAAACCAGAGAGAAUGCAUUCUA